AUGUCCGACAACGGAAAAACUUUCGUAGGGGCGCAGCGAACGCUGCAACGAGAAUUCUCCCAAUUUCUCAAAGAAUCGGCUACUGAUAUCGCUGAAAAAUACGCAACCCACGGAUUCUCAUGGCAGUUCAUCCCACCAUAUGCUCCUCACAUGGGCGGGCUAUGGGAAGCUGCUGUAAAAAGCUUCAAAAUUCAUUUUACGAAGGUCGCAGGAAAUCACAAGUUCACCUUCGAAGAAUUCACCACCCUCCUUAUCCGAAUUGAAGCGGUGUUGAAUUCAAGGCCGCUCUCCUCAAUGUCUCAGGAUCCCACUGAUCUGUUGGCGUUAACGCCAGGACAUUUCUUACGUGGUGCCCCACUACUCUCUUUGCCUGAACCCCACUCGGAAACCCUCUCAUUGACGAACAAAUGGCAAAAAUUGAAGGUUAUUCAUCAGCAAUUCAGUAAUCGCUGGAAAAAUGAAUAUCUAAAAGAACUCCACAAACGGCAUAAGUGGAAGCGACAAGAACCUAACAUUAAGGAAGGAGACCUCGUUGUAGUCAAGGACGACCUUCUACCCCCUAACGAGUGGAGACUCGGGCGCGUUGUGAAACUUCACCCAGGUCAAGAUGCAAAUGUUCGCGUAGCGGUUAUUCACACCCAAGCCGGAACCAUCACGCGCAAUAUUGCAAAGCUAUGUCUAUUGCCCACUCUGUAG